AUGCGCCCAGCCCCGGCGGGAGCCCGUCUCCCGCGGAGCCGCCGCCGCCGCCGCUGCCGCCGGGCUGCGGAGGGAAGGGUGAAACCCGAGCCGCCGCGAUCGAUACGCGAGGGGAGUAAGUGGAGCUGAAAAUGCGAGAGAUGCGGCUCCGGAGGCAGCGGGGGCGGAGGACCGCGGGUGCGCGGAGGGGCGCGGGCCGCGCCCGAGCGGGGCCCGGCACCCGCUCCGCUCCGCUCCGCUCCGCAGCCCUGCGCGGGCGGCGGCGGCGGCGGGCGGAGGCGCCGCCGCGCUCCGAGGUGCGGUGCGAUUUAAGGUGGUCGGGAGGAGAUGGUGGCGGCCGCCGGUCCCUCGCCCCGGGAGACCCGGCAACGUGCGGAAAAUCAGGCCGAGGAACGGGGAGAGUUUGGGAAAUUCCACCCCCACCCCCCUUCCCCGCGUCCACUCCCCGCCUAGUCCUUCCAGGCGAGUCCUGCUCUAGCACUGAAGGUGGGGCUUAAAUGUAUUAAUAUUAAAAAAGCGCUGUUGACCUAUAUUUGGAGGA